AUGAAGAGGAGGCAACAGAGAAGACAGUUGUUGAAGAAAAUGGGAGAAGCUCUGGCCCCUCAAAGCACCGACUCAAUUCUAAAUUCUAAGUACGAGAAUUGUGGUGAGUUCUUUGCUAUGAAAGCUUCCACUGUUGAUUUCAAUAACUGGAUAGCCGAAGCAUUAGACUCCAUGAACAAGUUGGCACUUGAUAUGCCUGGUCAGCAUGUUAUAAAACAUAAUAAAUCGUCUCAAACAGAAGCAAAGGCAGAACCAGAAACUAAAGUUGCAGCCAGCCAAUCCAAUGGACAAUGUGAAAAAGUUGAAACAUCUGAAUCUAUACAAAAAUCUCCAAGCUUUAGCGUUGACCUCCAAAAUGAAGCGAGAACUGAAGAAUCAGAUUCUACCCCUUUGCUGUACCAUGUCAAGGCUGCAAUAGAAGGCUCAACAAGCCAAGGUGAUGAUGUUACUCUUGGAAGCUUUAUCGAGUACACUGGAUAUGAUCAAGAGGUUUCACAGUACCAAGCAAUGCUGGUGGAAGGGAAAGUCAUCGCAUUAGAAGCAAGUAACUCACAGAAGUCAAAUACUCCAUUCAUAGGAUUCUUGAAGGAAGAGGAAGAAGCACGUACCGUUGUUACACCACAAGAAGAUGAUAAGCAUUCGACUGCUGAAAAUUCAACCAAGAAUCUAUUGGACUCACGUACAAAAGAAGCUGCUAGGGCUCCAACUACUUCAUCAAAAGGUAAAGCGAAGCGCAGGCAGCGGUCUUCGCUCUUUACCAACUGCAUGUGUUGUGCAACUGUGAUUAACUGAAUGCCUCUUAAUUCAUAUAUAUUGGUUUUUCUUGGUGAUUUUUUUUCUAAUUAAUUUGAGUUUUCUCGGAAAUAGAGUUCUGAUCAAGAGUGUUUGUUUUCACUUGUUCCUUCUGUUUCUUUAUUUAUUUCAUUGCCUUAAAACUUAUAUUACCUUGUCAUGUAAGUUAUCCUUUAAUGUAAUUCCAUCUAUUUAUAUGAUUGAGAGAUAAUUAAUUUGUAUGGUUUUGGAGGGAAUUGUAUUAUAUAUGCUGCUUCUGAUUGUAAUAUUUGUUCAUUUUUAUUCAUAUGUUACAAUGACAUUGAUAUUGAGGGUUUAUUCCUCAUCAACUUAAUAUUGAGGU